AUGAUGACGUGCCGUCUGCUGUGCGCCCUGUUGGUUCUCGCCCUGUGCUGCUGCCCAUACGUGUGCAUGGCAAUCCCUGAGAAGGCUCCAAUUCCCGAAGUUCAAGUUGAUGGUAAAGACUCCGGUCAAUUGUCUCAUACAGCUGGAGGAACACGAGUCACGACGCUCGGUGAGCCAGGUUCGACAGUUCCGGGGCCGGUUGCUGAACUGGGAAGCGAAGGCGGAGAUGGUAGAGUUGCGCCCGAUUCACACCCGCAACCAAGUGCUGCUCCCAAUAAGUUACAAGGAAAGGUUACGAAUGAUAAGAAAAAUACAGAAAGUGGCACGAGUUCGUCCGCAGAACAAAGAAAUAAGAGUGAAGAAGAUUCCGCCCAGAAGACCACGACGACCACGGCUACACAGGCAACAACCACGACUACUACUACCACAACCACUACCACUACGACUACAGAGGCGCCAACUACAACGACCACCCGCGCACCGUCACGUCUUCGCGAAAUCGACGGCAGCCUCAGCAGCUCUGCGUGGGUGUGUGCCCCGCUGCUGCUCGCCGCAUCCGCGCUGGCGUACACCGCUGUGGGCUGA